UUGCCAUCGACCCUUUCUCAUUCAUUUCCGGUUCAAGAAAAUCUAAAAAAAACACUUCUUCAAAUAUUUCGCCUUAUCGCUGUAACAAUGAAUUAUAAUGAGAAAUCAUCUGGUGAUAAGAUGAAGGAUGAUUGGUUUGAGAGACUACAGAAGUUACAAGUGACGCGAGCAGAUAUGAACAGCCUUAUUAUGAACUACCUUGUCACAGAGGGGUUCAGAGAAGCUGCAGAAAAGUUCAAAAUGGAAUCUGGUAUACAACCAAAUAUAGACCUUGAUACACUGGAUGAGAGGAUCAAAAUAAGAGACGCAAUUCAACGAGGCAAAAUAGAAGAAGCAAUUUCAUUGGUUAAUAAUCUCCAGCCAGAGUUAUUAGAUAAUGAUAGAUAUCUCUUCUUUCAUUUACAACAACAACACCUUAUAGAACUCAUACGAGACAGAAACAUAGAGGCAGCGUUAGACUUUGCACAGACUCAUCUGGCAGAACGGGGAGAGGAAAACCCUGAGAUCCUUUCUGAGUUAGAACGGACAUUAGCUCUGUUAGCAUUUGAAGAACCUGAAGCGUCACCCUUUGGAGAGCUCCUACACCCCUCACAGAGACAGAAGGUCGCCAGUGAGCUAAAUGCUGCCAUCCUAGAGAUGGAGAACAGAGACUCUACACCUAAACUUGCAAACCUACUAAAACUUUUACUCUGGGCACAGGACCAGUUAGACAGUAAAAAAGUGAAAUAUCCAAAAAUGACCGAUCUGGCUAAAGGAACGAUAGAUGAUCCGAAAUGACGGUUAUCUGCCGUUGAUAUCGGCCUCGAGACAGUAAAGGGAUACCUGGAGUCACUUACAUAAUAACAUUGGACUAUAGUCAAUGGAAAUUGGACUUGAUGAGAAGUGGUGG